AUGAAGUCAUCCUCGCUCUUCCUCUCCUUGGCCGCCGCUGCCGGCGUUGCCGUCGCUCAACUCAGUUCUCUCAGCGACCUUCCGAGUUGCGCUAAACCCUGCGCAUCCGAAUACACUACUGGCGGCAAGGUCCCCGGCUGCUCGGCCCUCGACCUCGGCUGCAUCUGCGGCAAAGAUGACUUCGUCAACGGCAUCGCAUGCUGCCUGGCCGACGCCUGCUCCGUGUCGGAUCGCGACAAGGCCAUCUCGGUCGCCUCCGACCUCUGCUCCUCCGUCGGCACCGAUCUGCCCGAGUCGGUCGUCUGCAAGAACUCGACUGCCACAUCCACCAUCACCGCGCCCAGCACCAGCGCCACCGACGACGACGACGACAGCGCCGCUCCUCGACUGCUGAGCGGCGGCGUCAUCGGUGCUGCGGCUGUUGCUGCCAUGCUCGCCAUCUAG